GUGAAGCCUCCACCAAGCAAAACUCGCAAAGUUGUAGGGCGGUCGGUACGAGUCCGAGUGCCAUCGUGAAGCGGCGCGUAGGGAACGACAUCAUUUUGAAAUUUGCACAGAAGCGCGCGCUGACGCAUCUGAAGGAAGGCGGUUGUGAGAUGUGUGUCAUGUCCCGAAGGGUCUGAACGUCAAUCUAUCAAGGUGAAAGGUUGCUUCACGUUUCAACCAUGUCUACUCCGACAACACCGGCCACUCCCGACAGCCUCUCCAAAUCUAAGAGGCCAUCUGAUAGCGCAUUCAAGCAGCAGAGGCUUCCAGCAUGGCAACCCAUUCUGACUGCAGGCACUGUUCUACCUACAUUCUUUGUGAUUGGAAUUGCCUUCAUCCCUGUGGGUGUUGUUCUGCUGUACUUCUCAGACAAGGUUCAAGAAAUCACCAAAGACUACACUGACUGCAACAGCACAACUGUACUCAAUAAAAGAUGCUCAGAAUUGUUACAAGAGAAGCUACCUUGCUCAUGUCAAAUAAAGUUUGAACUUGAGCAAGACUAUGAGGGUAAAGUCUACAUGUAUUAUGGCCUGACAAACUUCUACCAAAACCAUCGUCGAUAUGUCAAGUCCCGAGAUGACAACCAGCUGCUGGGAAGACUCAGUAAAACUGUGGCAUAUGAUUGCAUCCCAUUUAACAUUAACAAUAAUAACUCUGCAGACCCUAAACCUAUUGCUCCUUGUGGAGCUAUUGCAAAUUCUCUCUUUAGUGACGAGUUAAGUAUCCGCAAGGAAGAUGGACCAAAUCCAGGGCCGGUUCCUCUUCUGAAAACUGGCAUUGCUUGGAGCUCUGACAAGAAAAAUAAGUUCCGUAAUCCUGAAUUAGAUCCUUCAAAACCUAAGCAGGAGGCACUUAAAGAAGCAUUUAAGGGUUUUGCUAGACCUACCCUGUGGAAGAAGGACGUUUGGGACCUUGACAAGGAUGACCCUGAAAACAAUGGCUUUCAGAAUGAAGAUUUAAUUGUUUGGAUGCGCACUGCAGCCUUGCCCACAUUCCGCAAGCUCUACCGCCGUGUAGACCACAGUCAAGAAGCGUUCAAGGAUGGAUUGCCCAAAGGAAACUACACUCUUGAUAUAGUCUACAACUAUCAAGUGACUUCAUUUGAUGGGAGAAAACGAAUGAUACUUUCCACUAUAUCCCCUCUGGGAGGGAAAAAUCCAUUUUUGGGAAUUGCAUACAUUGUUGUUGGCUGCAUCUGUCUCUUGCUUGGCAUCAUAUUUCUGUUCAUCCAUAUCAAGUGUGGUAAAAGCACUGCCGAUGUGAUAAACGUGAACCCUAGGACUCCUUAUUGAUGGAUAUGAAGUUGUCUUUUCAUUCAUGUUCCGUCAAAUUGACAAACCAGAAAACAAAAGGGAGAAUUUAAUUGCAUUGUUUCUUGACAAAUUAUGUUGAAACAGUUUACAUGUUGUACUUAACCUAAUAUAAUUCAUUUCUGUCCUGACCUUGGUGAGCACAAAUCGAAGCUUUUGAAACAGCUUUGUUGCUUAUUUAUAGUGUCUUCGUACGAUUAACGAUUACUGUGAUUUGACUGCUAUUAAAGUGCACUUUCGUUGAGAGGCUCAGCUUUUGUUGAGAAAUGAAACAACCUUCAUAUUUUUUGAUUUAAGUCUCUUUGUCUGUGUUUUGUCAACCUAGUCAUUGUGUAGUCUUGUUCAGACACAUGUUUCAUUGUGAUUCUUUGCAAAUCAGAUUUUCUAAGAUGUUUAAUAGGGACAUUCAGAGCAGUUUCUUAUCUUAUGAUAUGUUAUGAUGUGAUCUUGCAGUGAUAAGAUAGUGUCGGUCCGCUUAACUAAAGUUGCAGUUAAAACUUUCAAAAAUAAAUUAACAGUGUUACUGGAAGUGCACUUCUCUUUCCAAUAUGUAUUGUGAAUAUAACUUACUGCCAAGGAACAUGAACAUACUUUUUCUAAGGUUUGUGUGCAAUUCCUUAAAAUGCAGUGAGCUUCUAAAUAAGAAAACAUAUUUUUAAAGUCCCUAUAUUUUCCAUGUUAGAUCUCACUUCUAUUGUGUCUAUCACAUGUGUAUUUCUUUCAGCUUUUGCGGGAUUAACAAAUUGUUGGGGGAGGGGUGGGAGGGAAGUUCUAGACAAGUAUCUUUUUUUAUUUUUCUUACAGAGGUCAUUAAUGUUGUGGCUUGUAAAAUCAGAGUUUCUAUUUGCAGAUAUUACUGUGUGUCGCUAUAGUAUUGCAUAUUUUAUUGUCUAUUGUUGAGCUAAGUUAUUCAUUUUGCUAGUUACCUAUAUUUGUUAUAGUCCCUAUCAGACUGUGUGGAAAGGUGGAACAAUUUUAUCUCUGCACAGUCCUUGGAUUGAUCGUUUUUUUUUUUAAA